AUGGCAACGCGACAAGGCGAGGAGAAUGUUGCGACACUCUUUGCAGAUAUUCACUACUUCUAUGGCCCAGAGCAUGUGAAGCCCAGGCAUCACAGGUUCGACAAGGGAUCUUAUGUCUAUCUCUUUGAGAAUGCGAAUGAGCGCCGAUGUCGCAUCGAGAUUGCCAACCAGCCUGGUACUGAAGAUCAGGACGCUCUUGUAGGAUAUCUUGAUCAAGCGCACGUUCGAUAUUCCUACAAGCAGCACUGCGCCGUCACCUUGACCGGCCCUGAAGCUGUUGCUGACCAAAACGAAUGGCACCUACCGACAUAUGAUCCUUACAAUCAAAACAAAUACCACUACCAGCUCCACUCGCUUGACGUUUACUUUUGGACUCAGCAAGAUGCGCUCCAAUUUGUCAAUGGCGUUCGGAGAGUUGUCCCACCCUCGCACGUUGAGGUCUUGGACGAACCAGGUCCACCUCCUCAGCCUGCGCCUAUGAGCGCUGUGGUUCAACAACUGGAAAACGUUGCCAUCUCAGAUCCUCAAUACGGAUCUGCCGCUCCGAGCUUUGCGCCUCCUCCAACGGCUCCGGCUCCGGCUCCAUCCUCGGCGGCCCCAUCGGCCCCCGCCAGUUUUGUCCCGAUGGCUUAUAACCCGGCCGCCCCAGCAGCUCCGGAGACAAUCCAGCAUCGAGAAAAGACACCCCCUCCGGACGAGGAUCCCCUCAACCCGCUUGCGGUGGCUGUCGCAUACGAUUAUCAUAAACAGCCCUUCACGCCUGGUAUGCCACCGCCGUCUCAGUUCCCUCCUGGAGGCGUAACAAGUCCAGGGCUGCCUCCACCGCAGUUCGGCCAGCACCCCGGAAUCCAAAGAGCUGCCACAAUGCCUGCUCACGCGUUGGGAAGUCCAUAUGGAGCAACCUUCCCAGGCUCGCCUGGAUUUGUAUCUCCACCACCUCCUCCACAAACUCAACCCCCAGCACAGGCCCAACCUCAUGCGCAACCGACACCACCUGCGACUAACCCAGGACUGCCUCCUCCACCACCAGGAGGCUUUACACAGUAUUCAUACACCCAGCAACAGCAGCAGGCACCGGGUCAAGCAGGAUCAGAUUAUAGCGUUCAUCAGCAACUCUAUCGCCCUACGCAAACAGAACUGGCGAACUCAGAAAUCCACGGUUACGAGCCAAAAACAUCAGAGCCACGAGGUAAACUCGAGGAGAAUGCGGGACGUUUGGAACGUGGUGUAACGGGCAUGCUGAGAAAGUUUGAGAAGAAGUUUGGAUAA